AAACAGGAGCUGAAUACAACUCCGAGCCACCGUGGAGGACAAAAAAAACCUGUUCGAGAGGGAGGGAGGACCGAAAACAGUGAAUCUGACACAUCGGGGAGAAAAUAACAAGCAGUUUUGUCGGGACAAGAGGAAGGCAGAGUGUAGAGAGUGUGAGAGACUCUCCUGCUGAUUCUCGGAGCCACUUAGGUGUCGACUGGAGAAGAAUCGGAGAGAUGAGCAGAGCAGAGGAGGAGUGAAGCUUUUUAGUGUUAGUGAGGGAGAGCUCUGUCACUCUUCGGGUGUCGCUUAAGAGGAGGAGGAGGAGGAGGAGGACGAGGAGGAGGAGGCAGGGGCGAAUGUUCCUGGUCUCUAGAGAGAGAGAGAGAGCGAGAGAGAGAGAGAGAGACACACACAGAGAGAGAGACCGAGAGAAGAGGAGGGGACAAGCUGACAGCAAUACAGGAAGAGCAGGGCUGGCAGACGAUGUGCUGCUAACUGAAGUACUAAUGCUCCAGACCAUUUACGAGGCCGACUCCUGUUUCUCCGCAGACGGCAUCGGGAAACACCGGCUGCCUCUGACCCCUCACGACGCUGACAUGCACAACGUCAACAACUCAGUGGACAUUAAGCCAGAGGUUCCACUGGCUCUUGAUCCAGGUUCCCCAUUGGACCUCCGUACAGACAUUAGGAUGCAGAGCUCUGCUUCAGAUCCCACUGUGUGGGAAAGACAGCUUCAACAAGAGCUGCUCCUCAUUCAGAAACAGCAGCAGAUUCAGAAACAGUUACUCAUUAGUGAGUUCCAGAAGCAGCACGAGAACCUGGUUCGCCAACAUCAGGCUCAGAUACAGGAGCAUUUGAAGUUGCAGCAGGAGCUACUUGCUAUGAAGCAACAACAGGAGCAACUGGAGAAAGAGAGGAAACUAGAGCUCCAGAGUCAGGAGAGAGAACUGGAGAGACACCGGCGUGAACAACAAGUCCUGGUCCUCCGCAACAGAGAGAAGAGCAGAGAGAGUCUGACAGGUGCGGUGGCCAGCACUGAGGUCAAGCAGAAACUCCAAGAGUUUCUGUUGAGUAAAUCCACCAAAGACGGUAUAAUCAACGGGCUCCCCCAGAGCUCCAAACUGUGGUACACGGCCUCCCAUCACACCUCUCUGGAGCAAAGUUCACCUCCUUUGGGAGGAGCGUCCUCCUCCUGCAAGAUCUCCCUACUCUCUCCACAAGACUCCCGGGACGACUUUCCUCUGAGAAAGACAGUCUCAGAGCCCAACCUGAAGGUGCGAUCCAGGUUAAAGCAGAAGGUUGCAGAGAGGAGAAGCAGCCCUCUUCUCAGGAGGAAGGAAGGGAGCAUCAUGACACCCUUCAAAAAGAGAGCCCUGGAGCUUCUGGAAUCCACAGCCAGCAGCAGCGCACCAGGAUCGGGGCCCAGUUCACCCAACGGGGCCUGCAGUGCCUUGGGGGCUGAAAACGGACCCUCCUCUCUACCGGUCACCACACGUACUGAGCGGUGGCCGUCACAGCCGAGGUUAUUAGGGCCUGAAAGCUCAGUGUCUAUGUUAAAUCUCUAUACGUCUCCAUCGCUGCCCAAUAUCUCCCUGGGUCUCUCGGCUGCCUCUUCUCCCAUCAGUGCUGCUUUAGGACUGCAGGAGAAGCAUGUUGAGGGUGGUGGUGUAUCAGCGGUCAUUCAAGGUUUGCCCACCCAACUUCUGGGUCCAGUGCCCCUGUCUGUUGCAAUGGAGACCAAAGUGAGCAGCAGCCACCAAGCUCUCCUCCAGCACCUCCUCCAGAAAGAGCAACUCCGCCACCAAAAGAUCCUCUCCACUGGUCAGAGUCCUGUACAUCCUCCUUCUCCACUGGCCAUGAUGGAAAGCUCUCCAAGCAGCACCCGACACAAACUGCCUCGUCACCGGCCCUUAAACCGAACCCAAUCGGCUCCGCUGCCCCAGAGCACACUAGCUCAACUCGUGAUUCAGCAGCAACACCAGAACUUCCUGGAGAAGCAGAAACAGUACCAGCAACAGGUCCACAUCAACAAGAUGCUUUCCAAAUCGAUCGAGCAGCUUCGUCAGCCAAACGUUCACCUGCAGGAGUCAGAAGAGGAAGAAGGAGAGGAUUUUCAGGACCAGGCCAUGCAGGAGGACAGCUCGCCCUCUGGUGGAGUCAUCAGGAAGCACAGCCCAGACAGCAACGCCUCCGCUUCGCCCACCGAGCCACGACGGGACACUCACCGCGGAGUCAUCCGGGUGAAAGAGGAGCCCAACGCCAGUGACGAUGAGACAAUGGUCACUCAGAGCCUGGCCGACAAGCAGAGCUCCUACAUUCACCACGUCAAAGGCAGAAUGGUGAUCCAGGCCAUGAUAUGAAACGACAGAUACGUCUUCACACUCGCACACGAAGGCACAGGCUAACACACACGCGACAUGCUUACACGACACAGGGCCAUUGCUUUGGGAGCUUCAGAACUGGUCUCAUUCGUGAACUUGUGAAGUGAUCUCUGUAUUGUACGUUGUAUGUUUUGUACAUAAUUGAAUAAGACGAGAAUUUAGCCAACUUGCUCUUUUAAAUGCUAAGGAGCAGUUUUUGAUUGUUUGUUGAAAUAAUAAUUUAAGAAAUCCUUUCUACUUUCUACCCACCCUUUGAGAAACAGCAACUCGAAGCUCUUGUAGGAUAUUUCUGUGAUUUCCCAUGGCACUAUGAAUUUCGUAUAGAUCUUUCUUUGCUUUUUAUGAAUGUUAUUAUAAAGAUAUGUUACGGUUUGUAUGAUGGAAAAACAGAUCUGUUUGCUGAGAGACUCCCAAAUUGUCUGGAAACGAGUCAGUAACCUUGAAAAUCAACACAACAACAGAAUAAAAGGAAUAUUUUAGGACACUAGCUAAACUCUGUUAGCAGCACUUGUAGGAUAAUGUUGAUUAAUACACACAUUAAAAAACAGCUAGCAACACAAAAGUUGAUAGGGCCCCAAUUUUUCAUAAUAUAUCAUUAUAUGAUUUUAUAUAAACAAAAAGUUAUUCAUUUUUUAUUGAAAGUUGUCUGUAAAAUGUAAGUUGAUUAGACCCAAUUUCUAUGAAAAUAUAAUAUCAUAAUUUAGCAAAAAAAAAAAAAAAAAUUAUUAAUUCUUCCUUUAAACGUUUCCGUUAUUUGAGCUGUAAAAUUGUUGUCAUCAUUUUUAUGGUUACUUUUGGGUUUUAGACAUUCAUUUUAGACAGCAAAGUUGUAACACCCAAUAUAACCUUUCAAAGAAAAGAUUAGUAAGCAUUUUUUUUUUUUUUUUUUACUAAAAUCAUGUUAACAUUCAUAUUGUUCACAUACUAUUAAAGUGGCGAGUGCUGUGUUUUAAUGGUUCGACCCCAUUCAUUUCCUGCAUUGCCGUAGUAAUCAAUAUUAUGCUAAGUGCUGUCGAUGGAGCUCAGCUUGUAUUGAAACCCAGAAUAUUCCUCUAACAGUUGGAGCAGGAUCUGGAAAGCUCUCGAAUGACAUUCUGUGUUCCCUGUUCUCCUGUGGCCCAAAUCGAAGGCUGCCCUGGAUCGUGAGCAGCGCUGAAUUUCGAGAGGGAGAGAGUUGUAGAGGAAAUGCCUGGUGGAAGCCAGGAAUCAGAAUGAUUCAUGAGCGCAGGAAUGCUGGGAGAGGACAAGUCCACGCUGAAGUCAGAGGGCCCAGCAGUGAGCUCUGAUUUACUGUUGAGGCAAAUUACAAAGUGAGUGAGGAGACGGAGGGGGGAGCCCCUUUUAAAACCAAUCAUUUCCUCUGUAUUCCCACGUGAUGUGUUUACCACGACAUGCAGGCUUGAUGUUGCUUUGGUAGAAAAAAAAAAGGCAAUCGUUCUAUUCUCUCCUGAGGCUGUGCUGCCAUUCGUUGGCCGUCGUUCUUCAUGAAGUGCUCGGAUAGUUUCAAGAAACGUACUAUUGUCAUUUUUUGUUAGCGAUUCAUCUUUCCUGUAUUUUUCUUUUGUAUUUCAAGCAUUGUAAAGCUGUUCGUUUUUGUGACUGAGAUCCUCUGAAAAACAACAAAAAACAACUCGAAGAGGAAAACAUGUUCAAUUGAUGUGAGCCAUCACGCUGUCUCCAAAAAGCCUGUGAGUCAACCUGAGCUGGCCUGUUUCGUUCCCGUUGUCUGUUCCACUGUUCUGGAUGUUAAUAAGAACUGUCCGCUAGCGAUAAAACGUCACAUUUAGUUUGUAACCGUACGCGUUCCCUUCUGUCACAGAUCACCUUUUUUAAAUAAAGUUCUUUUCCAUCCUGUA